AUGUCUUCCGCAACCAGUAAUCUCUCACUCGCCCGCUCGCGGAGCUUGCGGAUUCCACCCCCAAAUUUGGUGAAGUCCACUACGACUACUGCGACGACAGCGACGGUAACAGCCCAGCCCCUUGCUGGUCCGUCGAACAUAACGCUCUUCCUCACGAAUCUGCGACUCCUGGACUUCGACCUACGCCCAGACUGGCCGGACAUCUCGGCGGUGACAUUCUCGACUAAAGAUGCGCAGCAGAAUCAAAAGAAACGGAUUCAAUGCGUCGAGUGGGCGCUGUAUCAGCUAUUCGCCCUCUGGGACCCGGAAGAGACUCAAAAUAAGCUCCAACCAUUCUAUCCGCCCCUCGAGCCUUUACAGUCGCUCAAUCUGCGCGCCGCACUUUUCCGAAGCCUCGACCAAGCGAAAAAGAAUGGUAUUCUUGGACGGGAUACUGUCUUGAGAAAGACGAUGUUGGACGAAUGCAAAGGGGAAAGGUUAGACGAAAUUCUCGCAGUUUUUUCGAAUGCGGUUCUAAAGAAGGUUCUGCAAUCCGAAGGGUCGGGAUAUGAGGCGCUCGCCCAGCAGUUGGCAUCGGAAAAUUUCUCUUACAGCGGGGAACGGACAGUCCUUUCGGCGCUAAUUGUGGCGCACAAGGCUUCUUUGAGCAAAUUUCUGCGGACAAAGGGGGUUGCGAGGGCCAGGUACCAAGACUUUUCGGAUCUCCUCAAAUUGAACGAUCGAAGAAUCGCCCGAAGGCACGAACAGUUGAAGCAGGUGAUCGAGGAAAACAAGGAACAUGGAACAUUACCGCAGAGAGAGGUUUACGAGCUCCAAGAUAAAGUGCAGAAGAAUUGGUCUGGUAACACCGAGUGGCUCGAAACCAUCCUCUAUGGAGACAGCAGAUCGAACGCUGAUGGGCUUCUGGCUACAAGAUUCGACAAGGUCUGGAAGAAUGUAGAUGCGGGUAGCAUUGGCGAGGUGGAGGGUACGAAUCGAAUUGGACUUUUGGAACAGCUAGACGGUCGCGUCAAGGAUCAGGAGAGGCGCCUGGCAAGGUGGCAGGAUUUUGGAAAGAGGCUCUCGAAGACUACCGGGCCAUCCCCGUCGAAAGGGUCUGCCCCAGCGUCUAAAGUGGCAAGCAAGAUAGAUCUGGGAUUUACCCGACACCAAGCCAUACAAAUCGCAAGAAGCGGCACGGACAAGGUGGUACACACCAACUGUGUCUCCUUGGCCGAAUACACUCGCCUUAUUGACAACAUGAGGACUGAGCUGGCAGAUGUCAGUAAGCCUCAAGUCCAGAAUCGCCCUCCUCGACAGAACCUGGCCGCGGAUAAGCGAAGGUCGCUUCUCGUCCCAACUUCGCCCAUGCUCAAGCUUGAGGAACCGGCCGAAGAAAUUGAUGAAGCGUGGUCGUCAGCUAGUGACUUGGAUGAAAAGUUUCCAGAGAUCGUCAGUUCUGUGGCCCGACGUGUAUCUCUCACACCAGCUCCUAAGUCUCCUGCAAGUUCUGGAGCCAUAUUGCCUCUGCGUCGAAUGAAACCAAGUAGACCACCAGUUCCUAGAUUCCCAGAUACGGCUGCACCCCAAAAGGGCUCAAGGCCGAUAUUAUCGCCUCAGCCAUCUCCGCAAGAACCUAUAUCACCUGAGGUCCGACCCAGUACUCCUCCUGCCAUGGCAAAGAGUCCACCACCACAAUCUAGAAACCCCAUUGAAUCCGAGAGUGAUCUUGCAGACCAAAUUCUCAACUCAGUCUCCGCUUCGUCUCCCUCUCCGAAGAAAGCGAGGCAUACCUUAUCCUUGGCAGAGCGUACUAGACUCUCCAUGGCGCGAACGUCACAUUCCCAAUUCUCCGAACUCGAGGGCGAAAUCGAAAUUGCCGACGUUCCACGUCUGCCCGUAUCUCGGCCAUCUCUUGCACCUCGGACUCCAUCCAUUGAAACAGACCCGCAUGCAGACUUGAUCGAGCGGACGCGGAAGAGCAUGGCCGGGUUCGAGGCAGCACAAAAGAAAGCGCAAAUUGAGAGAAGGCGAAGUGUGAAAGAAGCCAAGGCUAAACAGAGGCAGUCGAGUUAUUUCCCCAAGGUCGAGGAAGAGGUUGCCACCCCGAAUACGAGCGCUGUUGAGUUACUCGAAGGGGAUCCGGAUUAUGAGAGUGUGUUCAAGAGUAGGCCCAAGAUUGCCACGAGUCCGGCUGUAAGCUCGCCCAAGGCCUGGGAAGGGGAGGAUGAAGAGGAAAGAGUUUAG